AUGUUGAAAUCAUUACAUUUAAAUGGUCAACCAGCAAUAAAUUAUUUUGAUGAUUUACAAUUUGGUACAGGUUCUAAAAAAGGUCAUAUUAGAUCUGCAAUGAAAAAUUUACCAGAUGAAAUAGAAUUGAAACAUGUUGUGCUAUUUGAUGAUGAAUUAAGAAAUAAAGAUGUUGAAACUAUUGGAGUUCAAUUUGCUCAUAUAUUUGAUGAAGAUCGUGGUUUAACAAAACAAAUUUUUCAAAAUGCAUUGAAGAAAUAUAAUGAUAGAUUGCCUACAGAUUUAACAACAGGAAAUGAUAUUGUCAUCAAGACUCCCAAGACAAGAAGAUCAAGUUCCCAUUCAACACAGAAAUCGCAUAAGGCAUCAAGAGCUGCUGUUACUCCCAAGUGGGUACCCGUAUCUCAGGAUUCUGGUGCUUUGAUUACUGAAGAAUUAUCUUUAGCUAAUAGUCCUAUAACUCCAAGGGAAUCUAUUCAAAAAACCAAAAAAAUCAAACAAAGGAAACCUGUUACACCGAAGCAAAAUAUUAUUGAAGAAUAUGAACCAAGAAUAAGCCAGAAUGUAUCGAAGAAUUUGAAUGUAAAGACAAAAUCACAAUCAAAACCAAAACCAAAGUUGAAGAAAGUUGUAGAUAAGCAAGAUUCUAAAUUAAAACCCAAACCAAAACCAAAGACCAAAACAAAACCAAUCAAAAAAGAACCAAUACUCAAACCUCAAAAAUCCAAGACAAAAGUUUUUGAUCGGGCUUCAAAUUAUAAUGAAGAAAUUGAAGAUGAAGAUGAAGAUGAAGAUUUUUAUGAAAAUUAUGAAAAUCGUUUCCAAGCAAAUUUACCAAAUGAUGAAUCUCAAGAUGAAGAUCUAGAUGAUACUUAUUCACUUGGUUCCAAAGAAAUCAAAAUAUCAAGAUUACCAACUUCAACGGCAAGACUAACAUCAUUAGAUCUUGUAUUACAAAGUUUAAAUGAAUCAUUAGAAAAUGAAACUGAAUCUCAUUUUAAAAAUUUUCAAAAUUUGAAUAAAUCAUAUUUUAAUAAAACUUUAGAUUUAAAUUUAACAAAUAAUAAUCAUAUUAAUAAAUUAAAAGAUAUUAAAUUUGAAAAACAACAAUUAAGAAAAGAUUUAUUUGAUACAAGACAAGAAAUUAAUGAAAAUUUAAGAAAUUUAGAAAAAAUUAGAUUAAAAUAUAAUCAAACAAAACAAAAAAUUAAAACAAAGAAAAAAAUUAAUGAUUCUUUAAAUAAUUUACCAAAUAAAGAUUCUUUAAAUACUAAUGAUUCAAUUUUAAUAAAAUUGAACAACUUAAAUAACAUAAUUGAUCCAAAUUAUGGACUUUUGGAAAAAUUAAAACAAUUGAAUUCAAAAUUUUAUGAAGUUGAAGAAUCUUAA